AUGAAACUGGAUAUGGGGCAUAUGCGGUACUUGACCGCUGAUGAUUUUAAAGUAUUAAAAGCGGUGGAACAGGGAACGAAAAAUCACGAAGUGGUACCUACAGGUAUGAUUCACCAGAUUUCGGGAAUGAGAGCUAGUUCCGGGACCAAUAGAGCCAUUGGUGACUUGGCGAAAGUGAAACUAGUUGCGAAAGUGAGAAAUGCGAAAUACGAUGGCUAUAAGUUGACAUACAAUGGGUUUGAUUAUCUAGCGGUGAAAUCUAUGUUGAACAGAGAUACGGUCUACUCAUUUGGUAACACCAUUGGUGUAGGAAAGGAAUCCGAUAUCUACCAAGUAAGUGAUAAGAAUGGUGUGGCAAAAGUCAUGAAAAUUCAUAGACUAGGAAGAACUUCUUUCCAUACUGUUAAGAAUAAUAGAGAUUAUUUGAAAAAAAAUGCUCAUGGUACCAAUUGGAUGCAUUUAUCUUUACUGGCGGCUCAGAAGGAAUACCAAUUUAUGUCGCUGUUGUAUUCGAAAGGGUUUAUUGUUCCUCAGCCUUACGAUAACUCUCGUCACAUAGUUCUCAUGGAGCUCAUUGAUGGGUUCCCAAUGAGAAAUCUUCGAAACCAUAGCAACAUACCAAAACUUUACAGCGAUCUAAUGACUUUUGCUGUUAAGCUUGCAAAUAGUGGAUUGAUCCAUUGUGAUUUCAAUGAGUUUAAUAUUAUGAUCAAGAACACAGUAGAGGAUUCCAAGGAUUGCGGGUUUGUUGUGAUCGAUUUCCCACAAUGUAUAUCCAUUCAACAUAAGGAUGCAGAUUUUUAUUUCCAGAGAGAUAUCGAGUGUAUCAGACGGUUUUUUAGAAAGAAGCUGAAAUAUGACCCGACACCAGAUCCUACCAUGCUUGAUGAGGAUGGAUAUGGUGAUGGUUACAGAUACGCAUAUCCAGAGUUUGAGAGAGAUGUUCACCGGUGUGACAAUCUAGAUGAGCUAGUCCAGGCUUCUGGUUUUAGUAAGAAGCAUCCUGGUGAUAGAAGCUUAGAAGAGGCAGUCGAUAGCAUGAGAAACGCAGAGUACAACUCCGAAGAUGACGAACAAUAUUCGGACGAAGAAGAGGAAGAGAGCGAAGAUUACUACACUGAGAGUGACGAAGACAAUGACAGUGAAGGAAGUACUACCGAUGAGGAAGAAGAGGAAAAUGAACGCAUAAUUGAAGCACUUUCAAAGGGUGUAGGUAAUUUGAAAAUGGACAAGCUAGGUAAUUAUAUACUGGAGGAUUAG